AUGGCCACGAUCUCGUAUUUGUGGGAUCGAGAGGCUACCUUCUGCAGCCAAGCCGACACCAUUCAUGCGCUCCAGCAAUCCUACCGAGAUGCCGUCGUCCGGGGGGAUCGCUUACAAGACGAGCUUGAUUCGCUAUACAGAUCAGCCGCUCCUUUUGUCUACUUCGUCCAGCUUCGAUAUGACUGGAUGCAGGGCCGCUACGUCGACGCAGUGCAUUCUUUGAGUGAUUGCCAUCGAGCUCUGCGGACAUAUCGAGAUCAAUCGGAGGAGAUUCGUCGGCUACGCACUUUGAUAUGUGCCAACGACGAGGCUCAGGGGAACUUGGAACGACAGGUGGAUGCUUUGAGGGCUCAGCUUCAUUCGCUCCAAGCCGAACUCAACUUUCUCCGACAGCAGCGUGAUCAGCUGACCAUGGACCAAUCCUUCCUUCACAUAGAUUUUUUGCACUUGAAGGAGCAAUUGGAUCAGUCUCAGGAGGAGAUCGCAGAUGGACUGUCUUCGAUCAGCGAUCUCAUGCAACAAGUGGAUGGUUUGACUCCCCUAGAGGGUCAGUUGGCACUUUCGCAGGCGGAGAACGCCAACCUACGUCGUCAGCUUGCGGAACACAUCGAGAUAUACGACCAGUUGCAGGUGGUGGAGCAUGAUCGGGAUCAGGCUAUAGCUGAACACCGAGCUCUCCUCGACACACUGAACAGUGCUAUACUCGGAUCCCGGUCGUCUGCGUUGAUCGCUCGAUCGACGCCUAAGAGUGCUACUCCGGUCGGAUCGGCCCCUGCUCCCACUACCCCGGGAUCGAGAUCGCUUGCCCGUAGUGAUUCUUCCACCGCCAGUGUGGCUUCCCGGCUAUUGUCGUUGAACCCUUCAACACCUUUAAACAAACUUCCCGGAUUGGCCCCACCCGAGCCUCCGCCCAAUUCUCCUUGUUCUCCGCUUUCGUCCGCGGCUUCUGGGACUGGAUCGGGAAGUGAGGAGCUGACCGAGUCGGAUUCUAGCUCGGAUGAUUUGACUCGUGCUGCAUUAUCCCAAUCGAGAUCGGCCUCUCGUCGUCAACCUAGAUCGGAUGCCCGAUCUUCGACCCCGAACCCCUCUCCGGCCGCUCGGGUUGUUCCCGCUUCUCCCGCAGCUACUGCGUUGGCUCAAGCACUGUUGCGUUCGCCUUCUCCAGACGUUCCGGAGCCUCGUUAUCUUUCGUACCCAUCCACUCCGGUCGCGGAUGUCCCCGUAGUCGAAAUUCAAGAUGAUGGCGGCGUAGAAGACGUGGAGGUAUCGCCAACAGGGGAGACACACAGCGAGACUGGCUCUGUUAUUCCGCCUCCGGAGUCUACUGCGCUUUCGGAUCGCCAUUCGUCCGAUAGCGAAAACAGCAUCACCCUUCCGGCACGCCAAGUGGCUAACAGAGUUUUCUCUUCCGUGGACUUCGACAAUCUUCCGCCACUCCAGCAACCACGGGAUCGGUGGAUUCCCAACUAUCUGGCGCCCUCCCGACGGGUAGCUUCCGAGAUCGCUCCAUGGUCCGUUUCGCGGAUCGCGAUGGUUUGCGUGAGGACCAUGACCAUUGAGCUGUUGUUUCACCACUACUCCAAACCCAGGAAUUUUCUGUUUCCCUUCUACAAUCAUGGACGAGCUCCGCCUACGGGGACUUGGGCUUCUGGGCUGAUCUCGCGGCAACACAUCGAGGCUCUUUAUGCUUUAGCCCCUUGGGAUAAUAUCAUAGUCCCAGUGAACCCGAUAUCAUUCACCAUGACUGGAUGGUAUCGUGAUAUGGGUCAUCGGUACCUGGAGCUUGAGUCUACUCAUCGACAAGCUCUGUGGGAAUCUACUCAUGCUUUCCCGAUUCCUCCGGCUCAAAGGCGAUCUGAACGGUUCAUGCAGACAUUCUGGCGCCAACGAAAACAACGCCGUUCUCGCUUUGGAGCGCGUUGGAAGAACUUCUUGAAGAUGAUACUCAGCGGCAUGAUCGCUGGCCACUGCAAUCUCGACAUCUUGCUAGAUCCCUUCUUCCUCCACUAUCCGCGCCCACAUGAAGACCGAGUUUGGUAUCCAGGGUUAGGACACUCUAACGACCCAGCUGACUUGCUAGAGGCGUUGGACAUGGCAGACCAAGAGGAUCCUUGGCGCAACCAAUUCCGUAACGCCUAUUGGGAUCAUCCCGGAUCGCAGAUCCCUCGUCUGCAGGACAAGUUCAAACCUGCUCCAUCGUCUUAG